AUGUCUAGUGUCUCCCAGAUCGAGUGGGAAAAGGUGAUUGUUGCAAAGGGGUUGGAGUUUCUAGUUGAUGAUGAUGUUGUUCGAGAUUUGGAGCAAAUGGAGAAAGAAUCAGAUUUAGAUGAUAUAUUGAAUUAUCGAUCUGCUGCAGAAUAUGAGAUGCAGGAAUUUCUUUCAAGGUGUUCUACUCCUCACAAUGGCAAGAACACUGAUAUUCCUACAGAGAAGUCUUGCAAUGAUGAACAUCCAGUAAAAUCGCGGGGAUGGUUGAAUUGGCUUUCUCGUGGUAUGCUUGGUGCUGGGGGAACUGAUGAUUCAAGUCAAUUUUCUGGAGUUGUGUCAUAUGAUGUUAAGUGGUUUUGUUGCUCACUGUCACGCUGCUCAUGCAAGUUGUCAUCGCAUGUGCAAGUCACUAUUGCUCGUGCAAGUUGCCAUGGAAGUCACCGCACUCACAAGUCGCUGUGGAAGUUGCUGCUGCUCACUGGUUGGGGUUCUGAUCUAGGAUUCCAUGACAUGGGAUUAGAGAUUUUAGGGUUCUUUUGUUGUGUAUGGAUUAGGGAUUAUAAGGAUUUUAUGGAUAUGUCUGAAGCGACUGAAUUUCAUCCUCUAGUUUCAUCCAGCUUUGAUUCUGCUGUAAAGCAUGAAUUAUACAUUUUUUCAAUGAAGUUUGAGUUUGAUGAGAUUUCUGCAACACUCUUUGUUAGCCUAGCAGUUAGAACUCAGUCAAGAGUCCGACCUGUCCUUGAAAACCAUUUACUGGACAAUUUGGAUAAUUCUUGCAGCAUUCAAGUAAAUUUUACAUCUCAGAGAGAUACGGACAUGUCAGUGCAGGGAAUAUUCCAACAACUUGAAGUGACAGUGGAUGCAAACAUUUUAUCAAAUUUGUUGGAGUUUUAUGAUGUCUUUACAUCGUUCAAAUUUCAUAAUGAAAGGGGCCUCAAUAUUUUGGAUUCGAUGUCUCAGCAACUGCACAACUGCACCUUUCUGGUGUUGUUGUCACUGAAUGGAAUUGAAAAUGACAAUAUUCGACUCUUAUCCAAAGCAGAGUAA